CCUUGUUCUUCGGUUCUUGGCAGGGAAUAGGUAUGACGAAGGAAACAUUAAGGAAGUGUUCCCAUUGCGGACACAACGGCCAUAACUCCAGAACAUGCAAAGGUUGUAACAGCAUAAAGCUGUUCGGCGUGAAAAUCAACGUCGUUUCCGGAGACGAAAGCCACCAUGAUCCCAUCCGGAGAUGCAAGAGUAUGGGCAGCCUGCAACAGGCCCUCAAGUCCGCUAACAACAAUGGCGAUCACGGCGGCGGCGGCGGCGACGCCGGGUAUCUUUCCGAUGAUUCCAACCGGACCAGAAAAAAGGGAACAUCAUGGACUGAGGAUGAGCAUAGGUCAUUCUUGAUUGGGCUGGAGAAGCUUGGGAAAGGUGAUUGGAGAGGGAUUUCAAGAACCUAUGUGCCUUCAAGGACACCAACCCAGGUGGCUAGCCAUGCCCAGAAGUAUUUCAUCAGGAUUUCCUCCAAUGACAAGAAAAAGCGGAGGACGAGUGUGUUCGACGUGGGUUUGAAUGAUACGAACCAGAACCAGGCUCCACCUCCAUCAUCUCCUGAUAAGGCUCCUCUCGAAAUCCCAAAACAGGCUAGUGUCUCUCCAUCUGCUCCAACUGUUACCAAAGAUGAAUCUAAAGGAAAGGCCAUUGAAACAGCUUCUGAAAAGCUUAUUCCCAUUGCUCCUCCAGUGGAUAAAGCUUUCCCUGUUCUGAACUUAGGGCAAGAAAGGCCUCCAAUUUCACAAAACACAACCUGCGAGAAGCCUCCCAUUUCACCAGUGUCACCUCUGGUGGCUCCUAGCUUCAAUUGCAUACCAUACAUGAACAUGCCAGCAGCGACCCGAAUGAUGCCCGUGGUGUCUUGGGCACCAGUUGUGACUUAUGCGAAUCAAAGCUAUGGGUAUCUUGGCAACUCCCAUGGGAACUAUGCUGCUGUUCCUCCUCCGGCUACUGCUUGUGUGCAAUAUGUGUCGUCACCUCAGCAUGGCUGCAGUCCACUGCUGCCUCGGGAAGUGCGUCUUGGCGAUCCUCUAGGUGGUCCGGUGGCGGCACCCGCCACCAGAAAGGAUGGUUUGGACCUCAACAUGGGAGCACUUAAGUUGUGAUAGUAGUUAUUCUAAUCCUUUCUGUUUUUCCCUACUGCAAAUAGGAUUAUUGAAGAGCAAUAUAAUGGGGGUUGUAGGUCUUUCAUUGCCCUAUACAUGUGUUAGACACAAUGACCCAACAUUUCUUUGUAAUUGUUGGCAACUCAAUCUUUGCUUUUGUUGCUUGUACCAUCAUCAGGUGAAAAGAUUCAUUUGUAAUGAAUACAGUAGUACUCCUCUAUA